GACUGACACCAGUUGUGCCUUGUUCCCUUAGGGUAACACCACUGAGCUCUGAGGGUAUACGCCUUACUCACACGUGUGUGAACAGAGGAUAGACCACACACACUGGACCACAUACACACAGAUUUGGCAACUAAAGCAGUGGUCUCGAGAGGAGAAGGGCUACUUGCACAGACAUGCCUUUCUCGCGCAGCUUCCUGUCCGAGGAGCAGUUCCAGUGCUCCAUCUGCCUGGACAUGUUCGACAACCCCGUGUCCACCCCGUGCGGCCACAGCUUCUGCAUGACCUGCAUCGGCCGCUACUGGGAGGGCGCCAAGCUGUGCCAGUGCCCCCUCUGCAAGGAGACCUUCCGGAAGAAGCCGCAGCUGCACAUCAACCGGACGCUGCGCGAGAUCACGGAGCAGUUCAAGAGGAUGUCCGGAGGGGAGGGCGCCUGUGGGGGCCAGGCAGGGGAGGCCUGCAGCAGGGGAGAGGAGCGGGCGACCAAACGCGAGGAGAUCCCGGGGGACCUGAUCACGCAGGUGAGAAUCAAGAUCCCCAAGAACUCGCAUCGAGAGGACGCCCCCCCGGGCGCCGUCUUGGUGAUGCCGCAUCCGGACAAUGCCCUAGACGCGGCCGCCGCCGACGCCGCCUCGUUCACGCGCCGGGUGUCCUACCGGAGGUACACGUUCAGCGGGGCGGGCGACGCCAAGAGGGUGGCACUCUGCGCCAAGCACCAGCUGCAGCUGGACGUGUUCUGCAGGACCGACCAGCAGUGCAUCUGCGCCGAGUGCGCCGAACACGACCACCAGUCCCACAGCAUCGUCGCAGCAGAGAGUCACUGGCAUGAAAGUAAGUCACAGAUAAGCAUCAGAGAGCAUGAGAUACAGGAAAUGAUCGGCGAGAGACUACGAAAGAUGGAGGAGAUUAAAUCAUCGCUGGUGGACAUCAAGAUGUCCGCCGAGCGGGAGACUCAGGGGAGCGUCCGAGUGUUCUCAGCGCUGAUGAAGUCCCUCGAGCGGAGCCAGGCCGAGCUGCUGGAGGUGAUCGAGAUGAACAGGUGCUCGGCGGAGCACCAGGCCGAGGGCAUGAUCCGCGAGCUGGAGCAGGAGGUGCUGGAGCUGAAGAAGAGGAGCAGCACGCUGGGGAACCUGCUCCACGCUGACGACUACGUCAAGUGCCUGAAGAGCUACUACUCGACGCUGUCCAGUCCUCCACCAAUCAGAGACUGGUCUGGGGUCUCUGUGACCUCUGACCUCGGGACCAGGGGAGUGUACCAGAGUGUGUGUCAGCUGCUGGAGCGCUUCCAGGAGGAGCUGCAAAGACUUCCAGAAGUAGGUGUCCAGAAUCACAUGGAAGCUUCUUUGAUGAAGUUCCAACCAAAACAGAAGAGGCUACAAGACUAUGCAGCGGACAUCACUCUGGACCCAAACACCGCCCAUCCUCGGCUCGUCCUCUCGGAGGACCGAAAGAAGGUCAAGUGCGGAGACCGGCACCAGCCAUUCCCAGACAACCCGGAACGGUUUGACCGUGUGGUGUGUGUGCUCGGCCAAGAGGGCUUCGACUCCGGCCGGCACUACUGGGAGGUAGAGGUAGGCAGCAAAACCGACUGGGACGUGGGUGUGGCUCGACGCUCCAUUAACAGGAAGGGCAAGAUCACAGUGAACCCCAGUAACGGAUACUGGUUUCUGAGCCUGCGGGACAAGACCAACUACGCCUUCCGCACAGAGCCCUCCACCAUCUUGUCCCUCAGCCUGAGGCCACAGAAAAUUGGGGUGUUCGUGGAUUACGAAAAGGGCCAGGUGUCCUUCUAUAAUGUGGAAGCAAAGGUGCACAUUUACACGUUUCAGGACACAUUCUCUGAGACCAUCCAUCCUUUCUUCAGCCCCUGUACCAACAAGUCGGGCAAGAACGAGGCACCACUUAUCGUCACCCCUGUGCUGUUGGACUAAUCUGUUGAUACGGUGUGUGUGUGUGUGUGUGUGUGUGUGUGUGUGUGUGUGUGUACUGUACAUGGGUGUGUGCCACCCACAGAUGUAUGAUGAAAUGAUUUGGUAAUGUGUGGCUCAUGUUGUACAGUCUGUGCUGGAAUACAUUGUGAUGACUAGAGUUGUGCAAGGAUUUGUAAGGAUGGAACAGGAAUUGUUUUUUGUUUUGUUUUUUUGACACCUCAACUCAACUGGCAAAUGACAACUCCAGCCUAGAAAAUAUCUGUCCAUUCACACAACAAAAUGGCCUGAGCACUCAUAUCAUUGCAAACUAUUGAACUUUGUUGUUUGUUAUUUCUAAUCUCUGAGAUGAUGUGACAUAUUUUGUAGGGUCUUUGUAAAGACUGAAUAUCUUAAAUGUUUCUAUAAAUAUUCUGUUAUAAUUCAUAAGAAUCUUACACAUUUUCUUUUUAUUUCUGUAUAUUCCAAAAGCCAUCAGAUUUGUAUUCGUAUUGACAAUAAAAUAAUGUAAAGGAGGUCGAAUUACAAAUAAAUGCAUUAAAGCCUGAUGUUAACCAAAGUUCUCAA